AAGCCAUGUUCCCAAACCUCCGGAAGACGGCACAGGAGAUGCUAACUUUAUUUGGCUCGACCUAUGUCUGUGAGCAGACAUUCAGCGUCAUGAACAUCAACAAAUCCCGUCACAGAUCCAGGUUGACUGACCAGCAUCUCGGAGCUAUCCUGAGAAUUGCCACAACCAAACUCACUCCAGACUUUGAUGCAUUGGCCAAAAAGGGAGAUCAACAACCCUCUUCCCACUGAAACUUGUAAGGAGAAGUGUGUCCCAUGUUGCAUUAGUGUCUGUGUGAAAUGCUGGCCUGUCUGCCAGGGCCAGGUGACCUCCCCCUCCAGCUUCUCCCCCACACGCAGAUGAACACUGGACCUCAGAAAUGGGACACCACUCAAAGGAUGAGAUCCACCCCCUUCCCAACCCCUGCAGAAUUGGAUGCCUAUGCUAAGAAGGUUGCCAACAACCCCCUCACUAUCAAGAUCUUCCCCAACAGCGUCAAGGUCCCCCAGCGGAAUCACGUGCGCCGCACGGUCAACGGGCUGGACACAUCAGGCCAGCGCUACAGCCCUUACCCUUCCUCUCAGGCCAGCGCCAAGGCCGGCCUCCUCGCCAUCGUCAAGGUGCCCGCCAUCAAGGGCAUCCUCAAGGAUUUCGCCGGCAGCCGGGCUCGCCUGCACCCUGAAGUCAUCAUGAACCACCUCAGCGGACCUUACCAAGUGGCUUCGACCAGCACUUUAAACCAUCACCCGACUCUGUCCAACCAGAGCUUAGCACUGCAACCGCAGGACGCACCUCAGACUCUACAGAUGCCACUCAGACACCCUUUCACCAUGGCCCAGCACCCUCAGGGCCCACCUAGACUGCAGACUGUCUCUCAGCACCCAGCCCUCGGUCACCCUCAGGUGCCCUCCACUGUCUUACUCCAGCAGCAGCAGCACCUUCAGCAGCAGCAACAGCAGGCACCACCCGGCCUGCAGGGGAGCAGAAAGCUGCCGGAUGGCGACGUGCCGCCCAAUGUGACCGUCUCUACCUCAACCAUUCCGCUCCCCAUGGCCACAGGGUUGCAGCACGGCCACCAGCCGGACUUGAGCACCAUUGUGCACCAGAUCAACCAAUUCUGCCAAGCUCGGGCCCACAGUGCUGGCUCGGCAUCCCUGUGCGAGGGCCAGAUUGCUAACCCAAGCCCCAUCAGUCGCAACCUGCUCAUCAACGCCUGCUCCAGGGUGUCCAUGUACAACAACUCCGCCGCCUCCGGCUUCCCCCCACCCAACUGCAUCGUCGGCCCCCAUGAGAAAGCCACCAUCCCGGUGGGGGCCCUCCCUCCACCCACCGUGACCAUGAACCACUUGCCUUCCAACCACACAGAUCUCAAGCAGCAACAGCACCCUCAACAACAUCUGCAACCACAAGCCAAUCAACAACAACAGAAUAUGCGCUCUUGGAAUCAGCCUCAGUUGACCCACCAUAUUCAGAAUUGCGGGAACCAACCCAGCAAGCAGCCCCCGAGGGAAGCCACCUUCCAUUUUAAGGGAAUGAGCUACCCUGCAGACAUGUGCGUGGGUCAGCCGUAUGUACUCAAACCUCCUAUCGAGCGGCCCACACCCUCGCCGCCCGUCAACAACGGCAUGAUGGCCCACUACAACAACGGCCACUACUUCCAGUCCCACAUUUGGAACAGCGGCAUCCUCCCCACGCCCAACAGCGACAGCUCCGGCUCUCAGGACGUAGCCAUGCCAUUCCACGGGGCAGGCCCAGGGGGGUGCGCCGCGCUAGAAUGCGGUCCCCCUGGGCCUCCCCAUUACCGGCUACCACCGAUCUCCUCUGCCCAGACUAAUCUGAUGCAAACCGCAGAUUACAUGGGCGGGGACUUCCAGGCGCCCUAUUUCCGCGAUCAGAAUCUAGGGUUGAUGGUUAAGAUGCACGGACCCCCUGUGAGCAGGGAGGUCGGGGAUGGCAGAAGUGCUCUCAUCCAGCAUCCAGGGUACAGAUAAGCUAUGGCUUUGUCUCCAACACUUUCUUUAGUCUUAAAUGAAUACAUUUCCUUCAUGAAGAAUAGUAUUCUUUGUUGAUGCAUCUUGCAAGUGAUCAAUUCUUUUAUUUAUUAGUUUUUUUGUUUGUUAGUGAAUGCUUUUACCUGGAAUAUUUAGGACAAAUCUACUGUGUCAUUCCCUGCUUUUUUGCCUCACUUUCAGCGUGCGCCUGGAUCUCAACAGAUCCUGUGUCAGUUCCACUUCACACAUUUGCAGUAGGGAUGUUCCGAUCAAGGAUGUAUGCUGCUGACUGCGAUACCGAUUAUCCAUGCGAGAGAUCGUGCGAUACCAAUACUGAUACUGAUCACAUGUAUUAACCGUAAAUUUUUCUCUGUAUUUAUGAGUGCUAUUGACAGUUUAAUAAUAUCAACACAAUAUUCAUAGUAGUUCCUUAUUUUCUUUAAUUAUAUACAACAAAGUCAAUAGUACACAAUAACUCAACAAAAUGUAUUAUCCGUUUAAAUCCUUUUUGCCACUAAAGCCCUCCUUUGUCCAAUGAGUUAUUCCCUGAAUUUGUAAACAAGCAAUCAAAAUAUAUAUAUAUU